AUGUCCAGCACUGUCAAUGUCUUCGUGGUCUCCCCUGAUACGCGUUCCGAGCGACGUUUCGAUUUACAUAUCACUGUACAGCAGCUGAAAAAUAAGCUCGAACUCAUCACUGGGAUCCCAGUACCUAAUCAGUCAAUAUCAGUCCAUAACGCCGAGAACGACUCGAAUAUUCUCGCAGUGCUUGAAGAUGAGAACAGAGCGCUUGGGUUCUAUGGGAUGCAGGACGGGCAAGUGCUAAAGGUCACGGAUCUUAACCCAUCGACUUCUUUCACGGGUCAACUAAGUGAUGUCUCGCAAGUUGAGAAAUUUGAAUUGAGCGAAGAGGCAUACGCGCAGCGCCGAGGUACAUUUGUCUUGCUCAACUUGCUGGAGUCGAUUUUACAUGGAAUGAGGACAGACACCGUCUUAGCAUACAAACAACGCCAUAAGAUUGGGCGUUUUGCGGAUAACGAAGAGAGUGCCAGUACCCCGGUCCCCGAGGUGAACAUAUCAAUUGGGUCUCGCUGUGAGGUGGAAACCAGCGAAGAGGGCUUCCAUAAGAGAGGGACGGUGCGUUUUGUUGGGCCUACAAAAUUCGCCAAGUCUGGUACAUGGGUUGGCGUCGAGUAUGACGAGCCGAUCGGAAAGAACGAUGGCUCAGUCCAAGGGGAGCGAUACUUCACUUGUCGCCAAAACUUUGGCGUGUUCGUACGACCGGACAGACUCAAGAUCGGAGACUUUCCAGUAGAAGAGAUCAACUUUGACGAUGAAGAAAUAUGA